AUGACUUUAACAGAUAGAAAGAAAUAUGUUGUUAAGAACAGAUUGUGUUUCAAUUGUCUUAAACGCAAUCACAUGUCUAAUGAAUGUAGGAAAGAGAAAUCAUGUACUAUACCUGAUUGUAGCAGCAAACAUCACACAUUAUUACAUAGCUGGUUCCCGGUAGGUUCUGAUAAAUCUGUAACGCAACCUUCAAUAAAUUGUACGGCCACAAAUGGCUCAUUUUCUAAAACAUGUUUGGGGAUUAUACCUGUAACUGUUAAGGGUAGGGACGGUUACUUCUGUCAAACAUAUGCCCUGCUUGACGAUGGCGCAGACAAAACCCUGUGUGACGAAAAGCUUAUAAGGAAGCUGAAUAUAUCAAGUAGGCCAGUUACUUUCCAGAUUUCAACUGUUAAUUCAACAAGGAAUGCAAUACACGGAAAAGAAGUUGACCUAACUGUGAGUCCUAUUUCCGGUGAAAGUGAAGUGAAGCUUCACAAUGUUUGGACAGUAAAACAAUUGCCUAUUUCUACGCGAUCUGCAGCUACUGCCGAUGAUAUUAGAAAUAUACCAUAUUUAAGUGACUUGAAUAUUCCGAACGUGAACGUUAAUGAAGUCAUGUUACUAAUUGGCACGGAUACACCGGUAGCACAUAUUCCCCUAGAGAUACGAACAGGAAGUAGUAAUGAGCCAUAUGCUGUGAGAACGCAACUUGGUUGGGCAGUUCGUGGACCAAUACCAUACAAUAAUUCAAAACAUAAUAAAACAGACAACAAAAGAACCCCAAUUAACAUUCAUUUCGGUCAGUCAAGUGACGCCAUACUACAACAACAACUUGAACGUAUGUGGACGUCAGACUUCAAUGACGCAUCCUAUAAUGAGAAAAAUUCCAUGUCAGUUGAAGAUAAGAGAACACUUGGAAUUAUGGAAUCUACACUUUCUCAUGUUAAUGGACACUAUGAGAUGGGAUUACCAUGGCGACAGGAUGACACAAAAUUGCCGAAUAAUUUAGUGCUUGCGCAUGCGCGAUUGAAUUACCUGAAAAGAAAUCUUUCUCGUGACAACGUGUUACAUGAGAUGUAUACCAAAACAAUGACAGACUAUAUUGAUAAAGGGUUCGCAAAAGAAGUUACAAAUAAGGAUACGAACUCAGAACAGAUAUGGUAUUUACCCCACCAUCCUGCAGCAAAUGUGAAUAAGCCCGGAAAUGUGCGUGUUGUAUUUGAUUGUGCGGCAAAAUAUAAAGGUAUUUCACUAAAUAGUCAACUUUUACAAGGUCCUGAUAUGAUGAACAGCCUUGUAGGCGUAUUAACCAGAUUUCGACAAGAAAAGAUAGCUCUUUCCGCUGACAUAGAGGCAAUGUUUCAUCAGGUACGUGUAUGUGAGAAGAACUGUGAUGCCCUACAUUUUCUAUGGUGGCCUGGUGGAGAUAUAUCUAUAACACCCAUGACUUAUUGUAUGAAAGUCAACUUAUUUGGAGCAACUUCUUCUCUGAGCUGCGCUGCGUAUGCGCUGAGAAAAACUGCCAUUGACAAUGCAGAGAGAUUUGAACCUGCAGUAUUAUCAACUGUAAAGAGAAACUUUUACGUAGACGACUACCUGAAGUCUGUAGAAUCUGAAGAUAAAGCUGUUAAACUUGCAGCAGAUUUACAGUCCCAGAUGAGCUUAGGUGACUUCAGACUUACAAAGUGGAUAAGCAACAGUCGGAGGGUACUUAAUACGAUUCCGGAAUCUGAACGUGCGCCGACAAUCGUUAGCCUCAGCCAUAGAGACUUACAUGUAGAUAACAUUUUGCUUGUGGUAGACAAUAGUGUUCCUAUAGGACAGUGGCCACUAGGCAGAGUAACCGAAGUCAUUAAGGGUAGGGAUGGGCAUAUUCGUAAAUGUAAAGUUCAAACUAGGGACUCAGCUAUGAUAAGGCAAAUCACAAAGUUGUGCCUUUUAGAAUGUUCAGACUAA